CGAGAACACAACACAACACAACACAACACAACAAAACAAAACAAAACAAAACAAAACAAAACACCGACUACGUACGGCAUCCGUAUCCAACACGCUUUGUUUGUCACCAAUGGCGGGAAAACAACAGCAGAAGCAGCAAAAGCAACACCAACAGCAUUCGCAACAGCAGCAGCAGCAGCGAGACCGCUGCGAUCCGGGGGGGGACCCGCAACCGCUGCUGUCGCAGAUCCGAUCCAACGCCAUUGCCGACCUGACCAUCACCAGGGAGGCGGAGGAGGUCUUUGACGCGAACACCGAGGGCGUCCGGUACGACGACAUCCUGCCCCUCCUGGAGGCCCUGGGAAGCAACGAGUCGAUCCGGUCGGUCCGCUUCGAGGGGGACUUUCUGGACUGCCUCCACCCCCUCUCCAGGAGGGAGCUCCUGGGGGCCAUCGGGGGGACCUGCCUGCCCUCCCUCACGGGGAUCCACCUGGGGGACGCACCGUUGUUCGUGGCCGACCUGUGCCUGCUCGUGGCCCGCUCGGGGUCGCUGGCGGGACUGGAGCUCCACGACCUGGUCCUGAAGGGAGGGCCGGAAGACUUUGGGGCCCUCGAGGAGGUCCUGGAGCACCACCCGUCCCUCAAGGAGUUUGAGAUGACCGAGUGCCUCCCGAGCGACCCGGGGAUCGACCUGGACCGGMUCCGCGCCGCGGGGGAGAAGAGGAGGAAACCGCCCCUUCCCUCGUUCUACGGGCGGUCCCGGCCGGCGAAACGGAGCUUCUCGGCGGUGGCCCGGACGGCCUAGACUAGCACGAGAUUGUUUUCGAUAG